CACGCCAGGUGCAGAACGGCGGCUUCAGCGGUGCGCUGCGGCCCUCGUGCGGUGCUCAUCGCCCAUCCGCGCAUGCAGCCUGCCGUCUAGACCCUUCCUCGUGCUCGGCAUUGGCUUCGCGCACGCAGCGAACGCCCCUCUUUGACGCUACCGAGUCACUUAACUGAGGCCAAUUCUGUACACACCAAAACGACAAAUCUGCGCAUCGGUCCCACGCACGCCCACCGUCUGCAUCCACCCCGGUACCCAUCCUCAGUCCUCGCAGGCCCAAUUACAUCCCCCGACGUGGGCACUCGUUGCACGUCUGCAUCGCCAGCAAUCUAGGCUAGCAGACCUUGACGCCGCGGCCUGCGCCGCCGUACCCCAGAUUGAAGCACGGAAUAAGAACCAUGGAGUUCGUCAGUUCCCUGAACGAUCGCUUGUUGUUUGCGGUCCCCAAGAAGGGCCGACUCAACCAGGCAUGCUUGGACCUGCUCCACGGCUCAGACAUCCAAUUCCACCGUCACUCGCGCCUCGAUAUCGCCCUCGUUAAGAACCUCCCGCUUGCUCUCAUCUUCUUGCCUGCUGCCGACAUUCCCACAUUCGUUGGAGAAGGAAGAGUCGAUCUCGGUAUCACCGGAAGAGAUCAGGUUGCAGAACAUGAAUGCGCCGAGCCGCCCACGGCCACUACUGGCGUGGUAGAGGUCAUGGACCUUGACUUUGGAAGAUGCAAGCUGCAGGUUCAGGUGCCUCAGAAGGGCGACAUGACCAAGCCGGAAGACCUGAUCGGAAAGAAUGUUGUCACAAGCUUCACCAACCUCACGGAGCAAUACUUCAGGAAGCUGGAGGCACAGCAGGCUGGCGAUGCGACCAACGGCGACGCGACUGGCGAGAAGACCAAGCUGAAAACAAAGAUAAAGUACGUUGGUGGAAGUGUCGAGGCCGCCUGCGCCCUUGGUGUUGCAGAUGGCAUCGUCGAUCUUGUCGAGUCGGGAGAAACUAUGCGCGCCGCGGGAUUGCAUGCUAUUUCUACAGUCGUCGAUACGAGUGCCAUCUUGAUCAAGUCAAAACACCCGUCUGACACCAAGCUGGUGGAACUCAUCACUGCCAGGAUUAAGGGUGUUAUCACUGCGCAGAGAUAUGUUCUUUGCACCUACAACGUCGAGCGAAGCAAGCUCGAAGUCGCAUCCAAGAUUACCCCGGGCAAGCGCGCGCCGACAGUGAAUUCUCUCGAGGAGGACGGAUGGGUUGCAGUUUCCGUCAUGGUAGAGCGAAAGCAGAUUGCCAUCGUCAUGGACAAGCUCACCGAGGCUGGAGCCUGCGACAUCCUCGUGACGAAAAUCGAAAAUGCUCGCGCCCAGUAAGGCACAGGAGAAAGGGUGGCUGUAGCGGGAGUUUGAGGAUGCAGUCUUGGCCCAGGUGCGGACUGAGUAUUGCGGCACGGUAUUAACGUCAACGACCUUCACGUACUUGGGAUCGGCAUAGAACUUUUCUUGGAAUAUCACGAAUUUACGAGAAGAGAUAGAGGGAACGGCGCUUACCGUUGUUGCAGGAGAUAGAGUGCGCGAUCAAAUCAAGUCUUCACCACCACAUGCACGUACGCUCACCUCAGAUUAAUAUUGAGUGCAGUGAGACCGAGAAGGAGCUUCUGCUCGAAUCACUGAGGUGGCCUGGAGCCGGAGAAGGCGUCCUUUGGAGGACCCCUGUAAUUUGUCAAUAGAGGAUAUUCCUGAGCCCACUCUGACCUGCAGUACUUCUUCGCUAUCGCUCGAGUUGGACUCGAUCCCACUGGUCUGACCUAUCUGCACUGA